UCGAGCGGGGCGCGGUCGCUGUCAGUCGUCACGGAGUGUAGCUGGUGCUUGUCAUACGGCCGCCAUUAUCUCAUACAAAUUCACAAAAUCAAUUAAAUUGUACGUUAUCGUUACGCGUUUCAGUGUAGUGGAUGAAGUAGUUGUGAAAAUCACGAGAUUGUGAUAAAUUCUACUGUGCUGUGACGUCAAGUCGAGCUUGUGCUAAGUGGUUACAGUUAGGUUACAGUGUUGAGUGUUAGCCGAGUAGGGUGGCUCCGGUAAAACCGGAGGCGCAGGACGCGUGUGGAGCGUAUGCAGAGGGAGCGGUGAGAUCGCGCCCGGCUCGGGAGUCGGGGCGAUAGGCGGUCUGGGCUAAGGAACAACUGCCGACAUGGGGUGCACUCAGUCGGCCGAGGAACGCGCGGCAGCCGCUAGGAGUAGACAGAUCGAAAGGAACUUGAAAGAAGAUGGAAUCCAAGCUUCCAAAGAUAUAAAACUUUUGCUGCUAGGUGCUGGUGAAUCUGGAAAAAGUACGAUAGUUAAACAAAUGAAAAUUAUUCACGAGAGCGGCUUUACUAAUGAGGACUUCAAACAGUACCGGCCGGUGGUUUAUAGCAACACAAUCCAGUCACUAGUCGCCAUACUGCGCGCGAUGCCUAAUUUGGGCAUCACCUAUGGGAACAAGGAUCGUGAGAGUGACGGCAAGAUGGUGUUCGACGUCAUCCAACGAAUGGAGGAUACGGAGCCGUUCAGUGAGGAGCUGCUGGCUGCCAUGAAGAGGCUCUGGGCUGAUGCCGGUGUCCAGGAGUGCUUCGGGCGUUCUAACGAGUAUCAACUGAACGAUUCAGCUAAAUAUUUCUUGGAUGAUCUGGAUCGGUUAGGCGCCAGGGAUUACCAGCCCACGGAGCAGGAUAUCUUAAGAACCAGAGUGAAAACCACCGGAAUCGUAGAGGUUCACUUCUCCUUCAAAAACCUUAACUUUAAAUUGUUCGACGUGGGUGGUCAACGGUCGGAACGGAAGAAAUGGAUUCAUUGCUUCGAGGAUGUGACCGCGAUCAUAUUCUGUGUCGCCAUGUCCGAGUACGAUCAGGUGUUGCACGAAGAUGAGACAACGAACCGUAUGCAAGAGAGUCUGAAGCUGUUCGACUCGAUCUGCAACAACAAGUGGUUCACCGACACCAGUAUCAUCCUGUUCCUCAACAAGAAGGAUCUCUUCGAGGAGAAGAUUCGCAAGUCGCCUCUCACCAUCUGCUUCCCGGAGUACACGGGUGCGCAAGAGUACGGCGAGGCGGCCGCCUACAUCCAGGCGCAGUUCGAGGCCAAGAACAAGUCCACCACGAAGGAGAUCUACUGCCACAUGACGUGCGCCACCGACACCAACAACAUCCAGUUCGUGUUCGACGCCGUCACCGACGUCAUCAUCGCCAACAACCUCCGCGGCUGCGGCCUCUACUAGGCUCGUCCGGCGUCCCGGCGCGCUCCGGGCGCGUCCGGCGUCGCGAAACUCUCCGAGCGUCUCGUUUCUUUCGGCGAUGUAGUUUUCUUUGAUUGUUUUUCCGCUUCGGAAGGGUUUCCCGCGCCGCCUGUCCGCGUUCGUUCUCGGCGCGGCCGGCUCCGGCCUCUCGGACGUCCGGGGGCCGAUUCUAAAUUUCGGUGCCGGACGCGUCGGUCGGGCCGGCCGCCCCCGAGCUCGCCGUGCCGCGGCCCGAUCCCCGACGGGACCGAAGCGGCGAGAGGCCUACUAUCAUUCCACUGACCGUUCCUCUCCCGAGAUAUUUAUUUUUUAUAAACUUUACGGUGUCUCACGUUUCUUUCGCGUUCGCGCUUUCCGCAUCGCCGUCGCUCCGCGGCGAACGAGGUCCGCGCGUCGGAGGCGAGUCUGGCGGAGCCGUUAUAUAUACUAUUUAACAUAAUUUAUUAUCGAUGAUAAAGAAAUCUUACUUUAAGCGUUAGGACAGUAACCGUACGGAUAAACCUUAAUUAAUAAUGAUAAUGCAAUUAGAGUAACCUUCGCCGUCGUCGCAGUCGCCCGCGGGAGCGCGGACCGCUCCCUCCCUCUGCCGAACCAAAGAUUUCCGAUACUCUCGAUUCAUUCGACCGAUGGCUCCGGACGGCUGUUCUGUUCUGAACUGUUUCCGUAGAUUCGGUCGCUCGAGCGGUCCGCGGACGAGCGUCGGCUCGCUCGUUGCUAGGUAGGUUUUUUACUGUUAUGUGACGAUUCGCGUACGAGAGGCGACGACUGCUCGACGAGAGCUUCGCCACGCCGAGGGGGCGCGGCCGCCGCCGUUCCGUCGCUCCAGACUUUAUUCGUGAGACUCCUCACUCCGCCGCCUCUGAGCUCAAAUCUGGCGAACGCUUGUCGAGAAGACUGACUCGUCGCUCGAGCGUCUCGACGCUUUUCGGAAUCGACGUGCGGUCUCGAUUCCGCCGAACGCGUUUCGGCGAUCGCUUGUUCGUUUUGCCAAAGUUAAUAUUCCUGAACGUUCGAAGGACUGGCGUCCGGCGAGACUCCGACGUCACGAUCUCGAAGGUGUCGGCCCGAGCGGGGCGGGGUCUUUAGAUUUGGUGGACGUUGACUAUUAGCGCACGCGAGAGCCGCCGGCCGAGGCUUCGGCCUUCGGGCGCGGUUCGAGUCGAACAAAUGUUUAAAGAAAUAAAAGUUUUAGUCACUAGCGGGUAAUUUUUGAAUGUGAUUCAAUCUUAUCUUUAUUUUUCUAUAUCGAGUGACUUUAUUUUUCAAAUUGUGUUUUGUAAUGCAUUUAUUGAGAGCGAUGUAUUUAACCAACGAUGUAAUUAAACAAUAUUUUCUCUUUUGUAUCUCAUCUGCACUGGUAUUUUUUAUUGAAUUUACUAUAAAUGUACUUUAAGUGUAUAAUUUUAAAUAAUUACUGAAAAUGAUUAUAUUCUAAUUUUUAUGUUCAAAUAUU